GCACAGGUCACUCUCCAAUUAACUAACUCCUUUACUUCCUAAGCUCUCUGCACACCGAUGGCAAAGAACUCACAGAGUAGCAGCAAGAGCCAGGAGAAGAAGAAAGGAAACAGAGUGUGUGAGAAGAUCUUCAGAGCAGUGACGAGUCCGGUCCGAACCGUUCGCCGCAUCUCCACUAAACCUUCACCGAACCACCACCACCACCACCAAGCAGAGGCUGUCCGCGUCAAGUUAUCUGAGACAGCCAAACCCAUUACAACGAGCGAGCCGAAGAAGACGCUGAUCACUCGAGUGGAGACGACCCUGAAAACAGACGAGAGGUUCACCGACUAUAUAAAGAAAGCGAAGUUGAAGAUUAGGGCAAUGACGAGGAACGAUGAUGUGUCGGAUGCAAGUGAAACAGAGACACGUGAUCAUCAUCAUCAUCAUCACCAACACGUACCUAUCUCUCGUGUACCGAGAGAGAGUAGCAGUGGGAGAUCAUCAGAUCGUUUCUCCGAGUACAUAAACAAGGCGAAGAUGAAGCUCAGAUCAUCUUCCACCGUCGUUCGUGCGAACACAACUCACGGUUCUUUCAAGCAUUGAUGAAUCCUGGCAACUUUCUAUGAAUAAUCUUGGUCUUGGUUUGCUCCAUAUUAUAAGAUAUUGAUUAUGACAUAUGUUAUGGUUUGAAAAUUAAUGGAUCCAAUGUAUUAUUGAAAACCCAAUAUUGUAAUAUUUGAUGAAUAUAAAGGUUUGUUGUUG